CCUCAGAUCAGUCACUGCAGACAGACUGAGAACUAACUCAAAGAGUUCAAGUGAGUGUGAGACUAUUUAAUAACUGAUAUUUUUGAUAACUUCGAUAACUAUUUAAGAUAUCUCCGUUUUUUUAUUUUGGUAUUUUACCAUCUCAAAGGACGCAAUAUCAUAAAGGUAAGCACUUGCUCAGAGCUGACAUUCACUGAAAUUUUGGGCCCGUCUGAGCACACAAAACAGACAUGAUUAAAACAAGAAACAGUGAGGGGAAUGUCCUAAACCGUGUGGUGAAACUGCCACUGGUCAGCUCCGCGCUGCAGCAGGCCUCAUCUGUCUACACAGUUGUGAAAGGACGGUAUCCACUGCUGGGGUUUGUGGGAGGUGUAGCAGAGCUGGGUGUCCGUAGUGCAUCCACAGCAGCCCUCCAACAAGCUGCUCCACUGCUCCAGAACCUACAGACAGAAAUUGACGCAGUGAAUAGUUAUGCACUGGUGGGUUUGGACCAACUUGAGAAGUACUUCCCUAUCCUCCAACAGCCCACAGAUGAGGUGGUCGCUAAUUUGAAGGACGCUUUCUUCUCUCGGCUAGACGAUGCUCAGUCUCGGCUGAAUGACGAGCUGGACAGGGCCGUGGACAGGUGGGACAGGCUGAUAGACCAGAUGUGGCGCCUCCUGGCGGAAGCUCAGGGAUCGGGCCCGGGACGAGCGAUCACUGCGGGUCUGGAUGAGCUCAUCACGCAGUCAGAGGAGGCGGUGGCGUAUUAUCUGCCCCUGCCACCCACCCUGCGUUAUGAGUAUGAGAGAAUGGUGCAGAGUUAUGAAGAUGAAUACGUUCAUGAUGACGACGAUGAAGAUGAUGAUGAAGAGCCUCCAAUGUGGAUGCGUAUCCGUAGCCUGUUGUUGUGCCUAUACUUUCAGCUGUAUUACAGACUGAUGAAGCUGAGAGAAAGAGUGGACAACAUAUUGCAGAUGCUUGGGGCCGCAGCUGAAACGGUGGGUCUAAAGAAGCUGAUGGAGAUGGUGGAGAUGCUGCUGCAGCUGCUUCUGUCCUUUUACACCACUCGGGUUCAUCAUGUGGAGGAGCUGCGUUCUCUGCUGGUGUCUCGGCUCACAGCAGGUCUGCAGGCACUGACAGUUUGGCCUCCUGUACAGCAGAUGCUGGUUCUGCCUACACAGGUUCGCAGCCUCAUGAAUGACCUGCUGGAACUGGGACAGAUUCUCAUACAGCUGCUCAUCAACACCACCCCGCUCUACGACCUGGUGAAACAGGUGUCUGAUCUAGAUGCUGCAAACAACCCAACUCCAGAUGAGGUUCCCGAGAGUCCCUCUGGCCGUGCCUCUGCAAACAGCCUCUUCCUCAAGGCCAUGGAUGGUCGUCCACGUCGCCGCAGAAGCCUUUAUGCCCGUUCCCGCCGCGGGUCCAGCAGUGGGGUUCCAACCAGCCCAGUUCCCUCCCCAACUCCAACCCCAAGCCCGGUCCCAGCAAAUGGACGUAAAGGCAGUUUGAAGAUGGAUUCCAACUCAGUGGGGCCUCCAGAGCUCGACACAUUGGCUGUGCCCACCACCGAUAUGAUCCGCCGCCGUUCCUCGACCACAGAGGUCCUGCUGGCUCCCAUUAUGCAGUUUGUAACACAGAGCCAGCGAGCGUUUGAGUAUCUGAGCUCCUCAACUGAAGAUCAGGUCUUACCUGUGGUGGAAACCACAGAGCACUAGGGUCUACUUAUCUUCUACAUUAAACCUACAUUUAAUUACAGAUCAUUUAAUUACAGAUCAUUCGGUUUGCUGGUUGUUAUGAAGAGUACAGCAAACACACCAUUGAAAAAAACUAAUAGAAUAAAUCCUUUAGUUUGCCUACAUAAAACAAUCAUAUCGUUACAAUUUAACUUUUGGAUAAAAUCAUUUACCUAGCAUUGAGAAUGUGCAGAUCAUUAAAUCUAUCAAGCAUUGUUUCAGCUAUGUGUAUUACUUCCGUACAUUAAAAAUACUAUAGUAAUUUAUAGUACAUACUAUAGUGGCUUUGAACCGUACUAGUACUUGAAUAAAUGUUAUUAUAAACAAACAAAUUAUCCAAUAUUGUUGUCAGUUUAUGCAACUAUAUUAUACUACACUACACGGUUUACUGUUGUAAAACUACAUAGGAUAUUUAAACAGCAAAAAUCAGUCCAAGGCACUCGAAAAAUGUGGAAAAAUAUUAAAAAGCCUUUUUUCACAUGGCUAAUCCUUAAAAAACCUAUGAGUUUCGGCAAAGAACUGCCUUCAGGGUAUGAUUUGGUUUGUUUGAUCUUGGAUUUUUAUACAUAGGCUGCUUAUUACAGUUCAUCAGUUCACGAUUACUAUAAAGUACUAUAGUAUUUUUUAUGUGAAUUAGAAUGGAAAACAGUAUGGAUUUGCUUCCUGCAGUGCCAUUUGUGUAUGUGGCAUUUUAUUGCUUUCAUUGUCUGAUUGUAGUAGUUAGUGCUUAUAAACGUAUGACGUAACAAAACAUUUUGUGUAGAGCAAACAAAUGUAUUUCUACUCCUGAGCCUCCUUGCAUUCUGUGGAGAGUUGGAUUCAUGAUUGAUAAUGAUUAGCUGGAAACCGCCCAAUGUGUGUUUAAUCAAGAGAAGAUGAUAAAAGUAUAUGAAUAACGUUACUUUGAUUCUUUAUGGGCUGAUUUAUGCUUUGUUAAGCAAGUGCUGAUAGAAAAAACUGUUACGCAAAGAUGUGUAUGAACGGUCACCGAAGGGUGUUAAAUGAUGUUACACAAAGUACAAAAAUACACAAUGUAAAAAAAAAGUGUUACAUGUUUCAAGCUUUUAGCUAAAAUCCCUACAGUCUGUUGUGCUUUUUCCUGUAACAAACGUAAUAUUGACUUUAAAUGUAAUUAAACAUUUUAGUAAAUGCAAUUGUUGUUUUGAGUACUUAAAAAACUUAUUAAAAAAAUAAGUUCAAGAAUCUUGGUGUGAUUCUGGAGUCAGAUCUGAGUUUCAAUAGUCAUGUCAAAGCAGUUAGUAAAUCAGCAUACUAUCAUCUCAAAAACAUUGCAAGAAUUAGAUGCUUUGUUUCCAGUGAAGACUUAGAGAAACUUGUUCAUGCUUUUAUCAGCAUUAGGGUGGAUUACUGUAACGGCCAGUUACAGACAGUUGCAGCUCAUCCAGAACGCUGCGGCCAGGAUUCUGACCAGAAUCAGCACAUCACACCUGUCCUCAGGUAGAUUUUAAAGUAUUACUACUUGUCUUUAAAUCACUAAAUGGCCUAGGACCUCAAUAGAUUAGAGAUAUGCUCACUGAAUACAAACCUAACAGAUCACUCAGAUCUUUAGGAUCAUACAAACUAGAAAUUCCAAGAGUUCAGUCAGAGCAGGGUGAAUCCACCUUCAGCUAUUACGGAAUCAGCUUCCAGAAAUGAUCAGAUGUGCUCCGACAUUAGGCACAUUCAAGUAAAGACUGAAAACACACCUGUUUAGCUGUGCCUUUACUGAAUGAGCGCUGUGCUUUAUCCAACAGAUUGCGCUAUGAUGUCUUUCUUUUCUUUUUCACUCUUUUAUAACCUGUUUUAACACAUUUUAAUCUUUUUUUUUUAUUACUUUUAUUAUGUUUUUAUUUUCUUAUACUUGUUUCUUUUAUUCCCGUUUAUGUAAAGCACUUUGAAUGACCAUUGUGUAUGAAAUGUGCUAUAUAAAUAAACUUGCCUUGCCUUACUAUUUGAGCAGUGAA